AUGGUCAGUAAAAAGCGGCAAAAGCCAGCCACAAACAAAAAGAAGUCCAAGGGAGCUCCAAAAGUCAACCCGUUCGAGCUGAAAUUCAACAGGUCGAAGUAUGAUGUGCUCGGAAAGAAAAAAAGUGCCGCCGGUGUUGGACAUCCUGGACUAUCGCGUAAACGUGCUUAUGAACAGCGGGAAAAGACCUUAGGAGUUGAAUACGAUCGAAUUGGAAAAGUGAAUAAGAUUGUUGAUAAGCGCAUAGGCGAAAAGAACAAGAAUAUAACUAGUGAAGAAAAGGCUUCCUUAAGGUUCGCGGCUGAACGUGCCAAACAUUUGAAGAAAGGUAGCAAGUUCAACCUGACUGAUGAUAACGAAGAAAACGAGGAAUUGCUAACACAUGGUGGCAGAGCUCUUACUGACAUCCAAAAGUAUGAUAAGACUAUAGCCUCUGAUGAUGAGGACGAUGGUAAUGGUAACAUUGGCGCAGAUGUGGAAACUGUGACUGAAGAUCUAGAUGCGAAGUAUCUCAAACUUCUGGACAAAGUGAAAGGCGUGUUCCGGCCAGUUGGAGCCACAAAAGCUGAAAAGAGCGAUAAAGACGACUAUGACAAGCUGGCGUUCAGCCUUAAAAUUGAUGCCGACUCAAGGGCUACGCCUGCGGAGCGCACUAAAACUGCUGAAGAGUUGGCAGUGGAGGAACGACAUUAUUUGGAAGAAAUGGAAUCUCUUAGGAGAGCUAGGAUGAACGCAGAGGGGCAUCAUUCCGUCGAUGCUGAGCAAUUUGAUGAUAAACUAAAGAAAAAGGCAAAGAAGGUUGGCUUCGAAGUGCGGUUCGGUUCCGAUGGCAAGCUGUUGAACUCAGAUAAGUUGGAGCCUGUAUCUAAGAAGAAAGUAGCCAUAGACUCCGAUGAGGAACUAACAGACGAGGAAGAAGAGGACCAAAACGAAGAAGAUCUGGACGACUUGAUCGAAGAACACGACGCUGACGCUGACCUUGAUGUGCCCUUCGUCUUCGAAAUGCCGCGAAAGUUUGAAGCUCUCGUAAAACUCUUGAACAAAUAUCCUGCAAGGAAGAUCGAUCGGAAGGGCAACAAGAAACUUCUGUCAAAAUUAUUCCUAUUUGUACUGCGAUACUCAGAUGAUCUGUCCAACGGCUCGCUUUCUGCUGAUAACUUAGCUGUGCUUGGGUUUUUAACAAAGGCGAUGUUCUCCCUUUUGAAAUUCGAUGUGGAGUUCAGCGUCAGAUGUGUCCGUGCUUUGAUACGUCAAAAUUGGAAGAAACGUAUGGACAAGCCGAAGUCUCCUACUCAGUUUUCUCUGAUCAAUUUGCUAAGGUUAAUUGCUUCUCUGUUCCCUGUUAGUGACAGAUGGCACCCUGUCUGCUCUCCAGCCAUGGCACUUGCGGCCGUGACACUUGCGAAGUGCCAAGUACUGAAUUUAGCUAUCCUCGCUCGUCAGAUACUCCUUGCGACAGUAGUCAGUGACUACGUAGAAGAAAGCAGGCGAUAUGUACCUGAAGCAAUAGCAUUCUGUCAAGGAGCGUUGCUAAUGGCAGUAGAGAAUGAGGAGAGUGAACGUGCUCCAUCAGUUGUGUUUCCGAUUUCAAUGCCGCAUAAGAGAAUGCUUUAUAUUGAGAAG